AUUUUAUCUUAAAUAUCUUCCUCUCUUUUAAUUACAUAAAAGUAUAUAAAAAUAAUGAAGAACACGUAAUGUCUUAUGUGUACUUUCUUAUCUGUAAUCAUUCCUGUUUCUGUUUCCGGAAUUAAUUCGAUUCGGGGAAGAAAAAAUAAUGUCAAUUUUCUGAAAAUACGAAGAAAAGAUAAGAAUUCUUAUAAAUAACGUAAAGAAAUCCAAAAGUCAUGCCAUUUGUUCGAAUAGAUUCGUCUACAAGUCGAGUUUCUUCUAAUCUUCAUAUCAACUUCUUCAUUAAGUAAAUUCGUCGAGAAUGAAAACUCUUCUUAAAAUAGUGGUAUUAUCUGCAACGAUCGCUGUAUCAUUGGGAUAUUCAAGAUGCAUCAGAUCUCGACAGCACAAUUUGAGACAAGCAAAUCCAUUCGUAAUUCACCAAUGCGACGAGAACGGCGAUUAUCUACCACUGCAGCAAACCGUUGGCACCCCUCAUUGGAGAUGGUGUUUCAAUAAGAACGGAAAUGUCCUGAUGGGUCCUUCCAGAAAAAUCGAAACCUGUGUUUGUUUCGUGAAGAUGUUUGCUUCUCAAGAAGCAGGUGAACGUGUGCCCCGAUGCGAUCGUAAAGGAUAUUUUUAUGUGGUGCAAAAGGAUGGCACUAACGAAUGGUGCGUGGAUAAGAAUACAGGAGAAAAGACGUCUAGUUUACGUCCAAUUAAUUCAGAAAUUAUUUGUAAUUAAUCAUUAAAAACCUAACCGAAUCUUUUCUUUACAGUAUUUUGUGUUAAUUUUUAUAUAUAUAUUUGCUUCUCUUUAAAGCAAAAAGAUUUCUUUCCCUCACAAUAUGGCGGUUUUUUCUACAGUGAAGCCACUU